AUGUAUUCGGUACUGCAGUCACUUUGUUGUUGUAAUGGAGAAGGUAGUGAUGAUGAAGGGCCGUUGAUAAACGAUACCGAUAGUGGUCAUUUUGGGACAUCUACACCUUGUGAUUCAACUAAUUUCUGGGUAAACGAUGUGGAACACCACAUAGCAUCUAACGGUCCUGGCAGUUUUCGGCAGAGUAAUGACGAAGAUGAAUUAUUAAAUCAAAUUCUGGAAACUACACAGCAAAACAUAAUAGAUGUUGCUAAUAUGGAUGGUACCACAGCGCCAUAUAAAGAAGACUUAUCAAAAGCCCAAAGAUAUAGUGAUGCAGUCAGACAACAUGAUUUACGAAUUCGGAGGCAUAAUCUUAAUACGACUGCAGAAGAUGAUUUGUGUCUCCUGUUCGAUGUUGGACAGCGAGCGAUUGAAGUGCUGCAGCGACCAUCAUCAAAUUUCACAGCGCAUUCUGAUUUACGAGAAUUUGCAAGGAAUAUGUCCAAUGCAAUGGUAAAUGGUAUACAAAUUGAACACAAACAGGAUAUCCUUAUCCACAUGACUUUUUCGGAUGAUGAAUAA